AUGGCCAGCACCAAAGCGAAGCCUAGCAGGCCCGUCAUCAAGGCUGACACGACUUUCAAAAGUCCACUGAUACCUGAGCUCAGCAAAGACAAGAGUCAAAUCAUCCUCGGUCUCUUGAACAAUCUAUUAGAACCAGUUGGAAGGCAUCGGGCUGUGCAUACUGUGAAAUCCUCGGGUAAAAAUUCCAAGAAGCGCAAGAGGACGUCUGAGAAGACACCAAGCCCGGCUGCUGAACAACGCCCUCUGGAGCCAGAAAUCUUGAGACACCUGACCGUUGGUUUGAACUCGACAAGCCGCCAUCUGGAGAAUGAGGCUGCGUCGUCAAAACCUGGAGCACUGCCCACCACGGACAAGGAAAUUCAGCAGGCAGAAGAGCAAGUGGUCGCAAAGCAUCUCGCCGUUGUAUUCCUUCCAAAGCCAAAGGAUAAUCUGGUAUAUGCGCAUCUGCCUUUGUUGUGUUAUACAGCCUCGUACGCCCAGAAGAACAAGGCACAGUGCACGCGUCUGGUUCUUUUGGAUCCCUCGUGUGAACGUACUAUUGCAGCAGCAAUGGGCCUCCCUCGGGCUGGGGUGAUCGGAGUCUUUGACAAUGCGCCAGGCGCUGCACCUCUGUUGGAGUAUGUACGGGACAACGUAGAUCCUGUCCAAGUUCCUUGGUUGAACAAAGCGCUUUCUGGUCAGUGGAUGGGCAUCAAUGUCGAAACCCAUGUACCUGGUCAAGUUUGA